UUUGAAACGGAAGUUUAACCUGCUCUUUAACAAAGCAGGAAGUGUGCCUUCACAAAGAGCAGUUCUUCAGUCAUCAUGGCAGUAGAUGUGAAGUCUAGAUCAAAGCGCUAUGAGAAACUGGACUUUCUGGGUGAAGGACAGUUCGCAACUGUGUACAAAGCAAGAGACAAAACUACAGACAACAUUGUUGCCAUCAAAAAGAUUAAAGUUGGACACAGAACAGAGGCCAAAGAUGGCAUCAACAGAACAGCUCUAAGAGAGAUUAAGCUGUUGCAAGAACUCAGUCAUCCAAAUAUUAUUGGACUCCUGGAUGCGUUCGGUCAUAAGUCCAACAUCAGUCUCGUCUUUGACUUCAUGGAGACAGAUCUCGAGGUCAUCAUAAAGGACACCAGUCUUUUAUUGACCCCGGCCAACAUCAAGGCAUACAUUCUAAUGACACUACAGGGUUUAGAAUUCAUGCACAGUCACUGGAUCCUCCACAGGGAUCUAAAGCCCAAUAAUUUGCUACUGGAUGAAAAUGGAGUCUUGAAGCUUGCUGAUUUUGGAUUGGCCAAAGCAUUUGGAAGUCCCAACAGAGUAUAUACACAUCAAGUAGUGACCAGAUGGUACCGUGCCCCAGAGCUGCUCUUUGGUGCUAGGAUGUAUGGUGUUGGUGUGGACAUGUGGGCAGUUGGCUGCAUUCUUGCUGAGCUUUUGCUCAGAGUACCAUUUUUAGCUGGCGAUUCAGAUUUGGACCAGCUGACGAAGAUAUUUGAGGCUUUAGGAACGCCUACAGAGGAGACGUGGCCUGGGAUGUCCAAUCUCCCAGACUAUGUGUCAUUUAAACUGUUUCCUGGCACACCACUGGAACACAUCUUCACUGCGGCUGGUGAUGACCUUCUGGAACUCCUCCAGGGUUUAUUUACCUUUAACCCCGGCACACGCACCACAGCUUCACAGGCUUUGAAGAUGAAAUAUUUCAGCAAUAGACCAGGACCAACUCCAGGACCUCAGCUUCCCAGACCAAACUCUUCAGCAGAGGCCCUGAAAGAGAAAGAGAACCUGUUGAUAGGAGUUAAGAGAAAACGUGACACCAUUGAACAAGGUACCCUUAAAAAGAAGUUAGUGUUCUGAGUGAAUAUUUUUUGGCCCCUAAUUCUGCUGUGAAUAGUAAUUGCUUUGCUAAACCGUGCAUUGAACUGUUGCAGAACAACCGUAUUUAUGUGACGAUAAGUGGAAUUAUUUUUUUAUGUACUAUAAAAAUGUAAUUAUAAAAAUAGAAAAUAU